UGGGAAUAGCUGGUCUAGACCUACACUGUCAAAGAUGAGGGGAUGUUGGACUUAUGCACCGAAUGAUCAGUUGGGAAGGAGCGUGUCGGUCUUCGUGGACGCUAGUUUGCAUAUUCAGUGGUGAUUGAAGAGUUUUGAGAUGAGCGCCGCUGUUUACGUCUUGUCCACGGUGACGGGGUAUGUGCUGACCUCUGCACUACUGCUGAAAUGUCCAGGUCUGUUGCACCGGCGAAAGCAGGGGGCAUUCCGGAGCAGGCAUAUCUCUCACCGAGGAGGAGCUGGAGAGAAUUUGGAGAACACAAUGGCAGCCUUCAAGCAUGCGGUGCAGCUGGGCACGGACAUGUUGGAGCUGGACUGUCACCUUACCAAGGACGAGCAGGUGGUGGUCUUGCACGACAACAACCUCGUGAGGUGCACGGGAGUCGGUGUUGACAUCUCCGACGUGGCCUACGCUGAUCUCCCUCCCUACCUGUGCAGACUUGGUGUUACUUUUCAGAAAGAGUGCUACUGUGAGGGGGGUGAUGAUAAGCGUAUCCCUCUGCUGAGAGAGGUCUUCGAGAACUUCCCCACCACGCCCGUCAACAUCGACAUCAAAGUGAACAACGACACACUCAUCAAAAAGGUCUCAGAGCUGGUGGUCCAAUACGAACGGGAGCAGCUGACAGUCUGGGGAAACUCCAACAACACUAUUGUCAAGAAAUGCUACAACGAGAACCCGCAGAUCCCGUUGCUGUUCAGCAUGCCCAGGGUUCUGCUGCUGGUGGGCCUGUUCUACACGGGCCUCCUGCCCUUCGUCCCCCUCAAGGAACAGUUCCUGGAGAUCCCCAUGCCCUCCAUCGUCACCAAACUGAGAGACCCUUCCAGACUGACUAGAAGCCAGCGCGUGUACACUUGGCUCGCUGACACGUUGCUGAUGAGAAAAGCACUAUUCAACCACCUCACUGCCAGAGGAAUCCAAGUGUAUAUCUGGGUGCUAAACGACGAGGAGGACUUCAGAAGGGCAUUUGACCUCGGCGCCACCGGCAUCAUGACAGACUACCCCACCAAGCUGAAGGAGUAUAUUGAGAAGAACAGCAUCAGAUAAGACCUGCGACGAGCUGCAUCUGCUGUAUUGUGUUUGUCCUGCACAGCUGAUUUGAAGGGUAUUUGGUAUGUCGGGAACGAUUGAUCACGAAGAAAGUGGCCUGAAUGGACAGCAACGUGAGUUUUGUGAGUGGGUUUACCCGUACUUUGUUUUGCAGAAACAACCUCUUACCUAUAACUGCCACUUAGGUUUUUUGUUUACCGUAUGUCAUACCAGUGCAGUUCAUAGACAUCUGUUAUGUAACCAUUGAACAGAAGUGAAAAUCAUAUGCAUUGUGGUGAAAAUCAUAUAUUGAAAAUCAUCGUUUUUGUUUAAGUUUUUGGGGGAUUGUCACUUUACACACGGCUAGCAAUAGAUCAAUCAUUCCGAGGUAUCUUCUGACGCACUGAAAAGACAAGAAAGGGCAGAUUUUUUGUUUUGAAUGACAACCAUUUCUUCUUCAGAUUAUUUGCACCAUAUUGCAUUUCUUUUAUUGAGAUGUGUUUAUUUUCAAUUUUGGCAUAAGCAGCUGUGAAAUUGUAUGCCUUCUCCCCAACCUCUGUAACUCUGCCAAAACCUUUUCUUAAGUAUUCUUAAUUCUAUGAAAAACUAAGGUAAUGAGUGUUAGUGAGUCCUCUUAAAACCAAUGAAAUUUCAACUUAAAAGACAAUGUAUCAGUAAAGAAAAUGUAUAGAUUCGACUUUUGCAGACAAAGUCUUGUUUCAGGACAAAUGAAUUCCGGUGCUAUUUAGUGUGUACGGUAUUUGAAACAUGUCUGUGUGACAUUUCAGGCAUUUGCUCACCUGGCACCUUAAAACUGACGCGUGCUGCGCUCACUCAGAAAUCCACUCUCUUCACUCUCAGAUCCAGGCUCUUCAUAGCUGCAAUGAAGUCAUAGAUUCCAUACAGUAAAACAUAUAAAGAAAUCAGGGUGCAAUAUGUAAUUUAUAUUUUCUGCACAUAUGGAGUUACUGUCAUUUCACUGCAAGCUAGCCUAAGGCUAGGGUUGUAUGUGACAAAUAAAUUACUCUUACUCUUUCUCUUACAAGUGCUCUAGGUAAAGGACUUGGAAGGCUUGUAUUCUUCCAAUCCGCACACAUGAUGCGUGUCACGAGCAGAAAUCAGCAAGAAUUAUUUCAAGUCACACAACAGUGGCGAACACGCUAUACCACCAGUCUUACUGUACACUCACGCCACAGGGCAAUGCCACAUAUUAAUACUGUGUGCGGCUGUCGGUCAGCACAUACUAUACCAGUGUCACUUCCAAAAGAUUAUAUUUUUCUGUGUUUAUAUGCCUUGUGAAUGAUGCCACUGUUUUCUCCCCUGGAGGACUUUGGGUGAUGUCUCAUCUAGGGCUGCAUCUGUGGGUGCAUUCCAAUAUGCGACCUUGCGUGUCCUCCACUUGUACUUGUGGCCUCGUACCAGGAAGUAAUACGUCAUGAUGACAUCACCGACAACGGCAUUAUAUUUCAAUAUCUCGCAAAAGCUCAAUUGUAAAGUAAUUUUCUCAUUUGCAAACUUAGAUGGUGAAUGAUGAAUAGUCCCCCAAAAAUUGUUGUGGCUAGGCUGACCGCGGGGGAAACUUAGUUGGUUUCUACACGGAGGCGGGGCAUCAGCAAAACAUGAGACCAUUAGCUCAAGUGGAGGACACAAGGUCGCAUAUUGGAACGCACGCUGUGGCUGAAUGUAUUGUUGUAAUAAUGGCCAUUACUUCCAGAGCGUUCUGUUUGACUGAUGUUGUGUUUCUGAAUGUGGCCAUAAAAAAAAACCUACCACUGGGCUGUUUUGAAUGGCAGUUUGCACAAGAUUAUUUGAUGUUGUUGGUAUGAGCAAGUAUAUUUGACAAUUAUGACAAUGUUCUUUCGUUUUCAUACAUUUGUGCUGGCUGUGUAUUGCGUAUUAUGCAGAUUGUAAAAGUAAUAUGUCUCUGAGCUGUGAUGGUCAAGGUUAAGUCAUUAUAAUCAAGGAUGAUUUUUUUUUUUAUGUAUUAUUUUGCAUGGGUUUUGCCACAAGAAGGGCUGUAAUGUCACUUUAUUUCAAUGUGUAUGUGAAAUGGCCUUUCCCUGUUUGGUUUUUUUUCUUCUUUUUUCAGUUUCAGCCCUGUUGUACCAGAUUUUACAACAGUAGCUUGUCUAGACAGUCGAUCUUGUUAAGAAAAAUAAACAACCAAAUGGGUGCAUUUUCA